GCAAAAGGUGACUUCUAGUCCGCUCGAGAUCGCAGUUGCAGGUGCGGGACACAUUUCAUUCAGAUCUUGAGCCGCUAUUCUAGCAACCGCGUCAAAACUCAAAGCUCAGGUCAAACAGGGAUCUUCUCCAAAGCCCAAAGCACCACCACCACCACCUCCUCCUCCAGCAGAAUUCAAAUCACGUCGAUCCGCGCUUCGAUCGCGCGACAAUCAUCGGAAUGGCAGGUCAAAUGGAAGACGCGGCCAUCCAAUUCGCGGAGACUGUACAGACCGCAUCGAUCAACCGAAAUCCUGACCCGAAUCGCGACUUGGCCCCAGAGACUUCGGUUGACAAGAAGGUCCCGGUUCAAUUCGACGAUGCUGCAGAUGUCAUGUCCGAAGCAGAAGAUGUUGGAGAGGAUGAGAUACCGAUAUCAGUACUCAGGCCGCUGCCUGAAGAGCCUCGAGCUCCCAAACAUCUGCAAUUGCCCGACUUGCGAUUUGAACAAAGCUAUCUCAAGAGUAUAAGUCAGACGAAUGAUUGGAGAGUGAUCGCGUACAUCACCAUCAAGGACCAGGUCUUGAUGCCCAUGGUACAGGGUGCCGCCUAUGCACUUCUCAUCGCGUGGUGGCGGCAUUCCAACACGGCCGUGAAAUUCUCUGGUCAGACAAUCGGUGCCAAGAUUCGCCGUUGGUGGUGGGACGUAAACAAUUGGAAGAUCCCCGAGGACACAAAGUGGAAGCUGUCAAAGUAGAUCUGCCAGCCACGACCCAGCCUUCUCGACCGUGAUCGACAGCAGACGAUUUCGUCUGGAUAUUGGGCCUAUGGAACGCUC